AUGGUUCGCUUCCAGGUCACUCGCAAGAAAAAGGAUGAACUGUAUGGCAAGAAAGCCGAACUGAAGACGUUCUAUGAGAAUCUGGUCGAUACCGACAAUGGACCCAAAUGGGUCGAGUGGGCACCUCCGGCUUUUCCACAGCAGAAGCGCACCAAAUGGGAAGGGUAUGCGAUCCAGGAGUACAUGACUUGCGACAAUUGGGGCGAUCCAUCACGGGCACAAAGUUUCAGCCGUGCUCAUAUUCGCAUCCUCUCGCCUCCCCUGCGCCUUAUUCUAGAGCCUCUCUUGGAGCCACAUGGCAUCUCGUUCAGCGAGAGCGAAAAUAUGAUCAAUAUACCCGCUCCUCUGCAGUGUCUGUAUUACGAACGGCAUAAGAUCCAAGAGCUGUACGAGGAGGCCGAGCCCCAAACCAAGGAACAUCUCGCAGUUCUGCUGAAUCUGAUGAGGGAUGAGCUGGGCAAGACGAUCGAGGAAACCGAACGACUCGAUGCCCAGAAUCAAAUCACCUACCCUCUUCUCUGGACCCUCUUCCCCGCGGGCACUCUGGUCUUGCAGCGCACUCCCGAAGGAGAACACAUCUAUCAAGGCUACCGAGCGACCUCUGCGUUUGACGGAGAUGGAGGGACGCGUGCUUUUUCGGUCUCAUGCGAAUACAUUCGCUUCGAUGGAGUCUGCUAUGGAACUGUGCGCAAGUCAUUGGAGAUUCCAUACUUCACUGAUGAGCGAGACAUCACGUCUCUACCCGUCUUUCCGCUGGAUCGAUUACAAGAUCAGGAGGGCACGAAGCAGAGAAUGAUCGAACGUGGUACACGCGUCCUGGAAUUUCAAGACCACCACUACAUGCGAUACCUCAGUCGCGCACCCGAAUAUGGGACGGGAUCGGGUGGUUCAUUGCACAAUCUCGGCAGUGUAUGGGAUAAGCAGGGCGAUAUGAGAAUCAUGAUCGACUUCCAGCUGUCUCGAAGACGAGGCAUGACGCAGAAAGUCAGUGUCCUGCCGGGAUACUACACGCAUGGGUCCACAGACCGAGAGGAGAACCAGAGGGCAAUGGCUCGGCGCCAGCGAGUCAACUUGCUGAGUCGCCGUUUCUCCUUCACCGAGGCCGAGGACAAGGAGACGGAGGAUCGUCGAGCGAUACAGGACUUUAGACGCCUGACGCUCGACGAACAGAGCCGUAAUCGGAAAAUCGUGUCGAAGAGCGACGAGAACUUGCUGAUACUCGAUCCGUACCUGGACGGAUUUUCUCUCGCCAGCAAGGCGUGGAAAUCGUUCAACAUCGAACGUGUGCAAGACCUGGACCUCAAUGACGACGCGUUCAACUUCCUGGUGCAUUCCGAGGGCAACAAGAGUCUGGUCUGCGCUCUGGUCGACGAUCAUGCCGAACACUCAUCUUCACUGAUGCAGGAUGUCAUUGCAGGAAAGGGACAAGGCUUGCUCAUCCUGCUCAGUGGCAGCCCCGGAACAGGGAAGACAUUGAUGGCCGAAGCGAUUGCCGACAAAACCAAGAGACCCUUGUACUAUGUAGAUUCUCGCGACCUGGGUGCAGUGGACAUGAUCGAAUCCUCCCUGAGCGAAAAGAUGGCCGACGUGGCCGCGUGGAAUGCCAUUUUACUGUUAGACGAAGCCGACGUCUACCUCCAGAAACGAUCCGUCGACUCCCUGGACCGCAACAAACUCGUUGCAGUCUUCCUGCGCCUGUUGGAGUACUACAAAGGCAUCAUGUUCCUCACUACCAACCUGUGGCAAACCAUUGACGAAGCCAUUGAAUCGCGCAUCCAGGUUCACUUGAAAUUCCCCGUUCUCGACCACGAUGCUCGCUCGCAAAUUUGGCAGAAUUUCUUACAGAAGCAGAAUCCCGGCGGCAACAACAGCAACAGCAACGGCAACGGUAACGGUAACGGUAACGGUAAUGGCAACGGUAACAGCAACAGCAACAGCAACAGCAACCGCAACAGCAACGGCAACACUAACACCAACACCAACACCAACACCAACACCAACAACACCAACAACAACACCACAAUGAUAAACCUCCCAUCCAACGCAGACAUCACAUCCCUAGGAGAAUGGGUCAUCAACGGUCGACAAAUCGGCAACGUGCUAAAAAUCGCCCUUGCAUGGAGUAGACAAAAGGAGAAAGCAAUUGACUUGGAGAUGCUCGAGCAGAUUAUUCCCGCUUCUUGCCCCAAAGCGUAUAAAGAGCCUCGGUGGACCGAGGAGGCAAGACUGGGAGCUGCAGCAGCAGCAAACAAUAACAACGGAGAGGGGGGGAAGGAGGGUUGUAGGAGAAAAGACGACAUGACGAAUGGGAAUUUUGCGGGUCAUGGAGAUGAUAUGAAUGAUCUUUUGAUUUGA